AUGGCAAAUACGGAGAAUGAAUGGGAAUUGGAGGAGGGUAUUCCUCAGGUUGGGGAUCCCUUCAUCCAACAAUAUUUGAAAGGACGCGAUGCUUUGAUUAUGGAAGAGCGAAAGCGACGUCAUGAUGCAAAUCUGCGCAAAUCACUAUCACCUAUCGCUGCCCGCGCGACAAAGAUAGUGUCGCAGAUCCGAGCUCAGGAACAGAAUGAGCUGUGGUCAAGUGGAUUGGACGAGGUUGCGGCCCACCAGGCGGAUGAGAUCCUCUACCCCGGUGUCAUGUUUAAUCUCGCCAAAGGCCGCAUGGAGAACACCAAACUAUGGAAGAUCGUGGAGAAGAUGCCAAAGGGGUCCCUUCUACAUGCCCACAUGGACGCCAUGUUCGACAUCAACUUCCUAAUUGACCAGGCAUUCUCCACGCCCGGCAUACACAUGUUAGCGCCGAAGCCGUUGAUCACAGCCCAUGAUUACGAAAACGUACCCGUGCUUUUUCAGUAUUCUUCGCAGCCUUUAGAAGCGUCAGAGGACAAGCCAAGUAUUUGGUCAGAGACAUACGAGCCCUCGUCGUUGAUCUCGAUCCAGAAGGCCGCCUCCUCUUUCCCCCAAGGGGGGAGAGAAGGGUUUCCGGGAAUGGUUGCACACCCGACUUUCCCCAUUGUCGACUCUCUCUUGAUGUAUGAGCCUAUCUUCCGUGCCUGUUUCCACCGCUUGCUCGCACAGCUUGCGGAGGAUGGAAUUCGAUACGUCGAGUUCCGCAUUGGAUUUGUCUUCCAAUUUAGGAAAGAAGGAAACGACAAACCCGAGGAAGACCACUUGGAGUGGUGUCGUGUGGUGGAAGAUGUCGUGGCUCAGUUCAAACAAACAGAUGCAGGGAAGGACUUCUACGAUCCUCGCAUUAUUUGGACUACGCUCCGGUGGUUUGACAAUGAGACGAUUGUCAAUAGCAUGAAGCAGUGCAUCGAAACAAAGCUGGAGUUCCCUAAUCUGAUCAGUGGGUUUGAUCUUGUUGGCCAAGAGGAUAACGGGAGGCCGCUAGUCGACCUUGUCCCGGUCCUAUUCUGGUUCCGAAAGCAAUGUGCGGAAGAACAAGUCGAUAUUCCCUUCUUUUUCCACGCUGGAGAAUGUCUCGGCGACGGUGACGCGACAGACCACAACCUAUUCGAUGCCAUCCUUCUUGGCACUCGACGAAUCGGCCAUGCGUUCUCGCUUUACAAGCAUCCUCUGCUCAUCGAUUUAGUCAAAGAGAAGAAGAUCCUUGUUGAAUGCUGCCCGAUCUCGAACGAAGUGCUCCGCCUUGCUAGCUCCAUCAAAUCCCAUCCUUUGCCCGCUCUGUUGUCCAGAGGCGUCCCCGUUUCGCUGUGCAACGACGACCCCGCAAUUCUUGGCCACGGAAGGAAUGGAUUGACGCAUGAUUUCUGGCAGGCUUUGCAGGGACUCGAAAAUGUGGAUUUGGUCGGCCUAUCAAUGAUGGCCCAGAACUCCAUCCGAUGGAGCUGCUAUGAAGACCAGUCGACCGCCGAGUGGAAGGCCGGCAUUCAAAAUGGGGUAAUGGGGAAGGGACUGAAAGCGGAACGCCUGCAGGCUUUCGCUUCGGAUUUUGAGAAAUUCUGCGAGUGGGUUGUGCUGGAGUUCGCUGAAUACGACACUGGGGAUGAUUGA